GAACUACUCCAAGAUACGAACGUUGUCCGCUUAUCCGAUCGAGACAGCUUCGAACAAGUUGCCAUUGCUUUGGAUGCUAAAUUGAAGUCGGCGUUUCGCUUGAUUCAACAAGAAGUAAAUAUUCUGUUACCAGCCCUCCAGCCAGUUGUUUCAACACCAGACGACGCUUCCUCGGAUCGCCUAGACGUGAACGCACGAUCCGAUCAGCAGUUCUGGCUUCUGCGACGGGUUUCUGAGCUGGCUUUGGCUGCUGGCUUCAUUGAGUUGACCCAAGGGCAGGCUAAAAGUACACGUAAUUGGAAGAAGCUGUAUUGCAGAAGUUAUGAGCCGUAUUUUCCUGGUCGAGGACUCAUGCGCGGCCGAGCGCAUCAGCAACAAAACCGAAUGGGAGGAGGACCGCCUAAUCGCGAAUCGGGAAUGCGGAAGGAAGAACGAAACGCUUCAACCAAACGACUGAACUCGCCAUCGAAUCAGGAUGAUGGAGAAGGAAAACAGGAACCCCGAACACCAGCCUGGAUUCCGGAUUUCAUCUUUGACUAA